AUGGCGCAGAAGUUUGAGAUGACUGAUCUCGGAAGUCUGACAUAUUAUUUAGGGAUUAAGGUACAUCAAUGCGAAGAAGGUACUACGCUCAAACAAGAACAGUAUGCUGAGAAAAUUUUAGCUGAAACCGGCAUGAAGGAUUGCAAUGUCGUACAAGCACCUAUGGAGUUUGGACUGAAUUUAUCAAAAGCAGAAGAUGAACAAGUCGUAGAUGAGAAAAGCUAUCGGCAAAUGAUCGGGUGUCUUAGGUAUUUGUUGCACACGCGGCCUGAUCUUUCCUUCAGUGUAAGGAUAUUAAGCCGUUAUAUGCACAAGCCGAAGACAUCACACACAGCAGCCUUGAAGCAGAUAUUGAGAUAUCUAAAAGUGACGCAUCGCUACGGACUGUUCUUCAAAUGGAUGGUAAAGUCGAAACUUGUAGGGUACAGCGACAGCUUUCACAACAUAGAUGAAGAUGAUGGACAAACCACCAGAGGUCAUGAAGUGAUACCGCUUAUCUUAACGCAUGUCCAAUCAGUUGGUGUUCGCAGAAACAUAAAAAAGUGGCUUUAUUUUCAUGUGAAGCUAAAUUCAUGGCUGCUACUGAGACUGCUAAACAAGCUAUAUGGUUGCAAGAGUUAG